AUGAAUAAUUUCCAGCGAGUUAUAUACGCAUCAAGGUUUAUGCGAGUUUUCGGGAAGUUUAAGAGAGCACAACUGAGGGAAAAGCCACAGAGAAAAAUAGGACCCUUUUGUAAUCCAGUGAAACGGUUAGUUAGAUUAAAAGAAAAAGAAAGAUUAUUUUGUGACAUAGGAUUGCCUCGUAUGAUUCCUAGACCUAAGGUUAGAGAAUCUGAAAAAUUAUUAGAAGUUAUUGAAGCACCCAAAGUAAAGAGAGAAGUAUUAGAAAGAAGAUUAGAAUUUUUAUUAUCAAAUGAAAGUGUAUAUCAACAAUUAUAUAAUAAAAUGUAUAAUGGUAUAACACCUUAUCAAUGUGAAUUAUAUAUGUGGGAAAGACAAAUGAGAGAUUUAAGAAAAAUAUAUAGAGCACAAUAUUUACAUAAAUUGAGUGAAGUUACAAAUGAAGAAAGAGAAAAACAAUUAAAAUUAUUGUUACAAACAAAAGAAGAUAAAAGAAAAAGAAGACAAGAAAUUAGAGAUAGAAUAUUACAAGAUAAAAAAAGAAGAGCUAUAUUAAAAGAUAGAUUAUCUUUAGAAAAAAAAGUUACACAAUCUAUUUUAUUUAAAAGACAAUCAAAUAGAAAAAAAAAAAAUAUAUACUGGUUAAUGAAAUUACAACAAAAAAGUACAUAUUUAAAUGAAACAGAUUUUAAAAAUAAAAUAGAACAAAAGAAUCAAGAAAAUGAUCCUUUAUUUAAUCGUAAUAUUUCAGUAAGUAGUUUAUAUAAAAAUUUAGGAUAUCAAACAAAACAAGAUAAAAAUGAAAAUACUAAAGUUUUUAAAGUAGAUAAGCUUUAUAGAAAAUUAUUAGAGGAUUCUUUCGAAUUUCUAGAAGAAGAUGAAGAACAAUAUCAACAUAAUUUUAUACAAAAUAUAAAUGAUCCAAAUCAUGUUUCACAUAAAGAAAGAGCUCAUAUUCUAUAUUCUUCUUUUACAAAUGAAGAGAAAAUUAAACUUCUCGAUGAUAAAAUUGCAAUACUUACUAAAACAAUAGAACAAAAAUCAUUUUCUAAGGAAGUACAAAAUAAUGAUCUUAUGUUUUAUAUACAAUUAAAGGAUAAGUUAGAAGCAUCCAAACAAGCUUUUCUAGAAAAAAAUUAUCUAAACGAUAUUCAAAAGGUACAAUAA